UUUUGGCUCCCGCAUAUUCGAGAGACUCAGAGAAGCCCUCCCUCCGGGUGAACAAACUCACAGCCAAGAGAAGAAAUGGCUAUGGAAGCGAACUACUUCUCAUUCCGUCGUGCUCUCAACCCCUUCCCCAGCCGCGUUUCGUUUCAGAACGUCGGACCUCCACGAGUUCGAUUCUUCCCGUUGGCUGCUGUUAAACGAAGCCCUAAGCGUCUUAAAUAUUCUGCUCCUCGCUUUUCCAAGGAUGAUGAAUUGCUUUAUGUUGAAGUUGAUCCGUCUGGAGCAGAUAGUUGGAAAUUGGAUCCAGUUGUCAAAUUGCUCAAAGAGGGAGCUGUUGGUGUCAUUCCUACUGAUACACUGUAUGCAAUAACUUGUGAUAUGAGAAGACAUUCAGCUAUUGACCGUCUCCGUAGAAUAAAAAAUAUAGAACCUUCAAAGCCCCUUAGUAUAUUGUGUCGUUCCUUUCGGGACAUAGAUACAUAUACGAUGGGAUUCCCUCGUGGUAAUGGUCAAGGUGUUACGAACGUAUUUCGAGUUGUGAAGCAUUGUUUGCCUGGGCCUUAUACAUUCAUCUUAAUUGCAUCUAAAGAACUACCGAAACGAUGUACAGCAUAUGGGACUACAACUGCUAAAUUUGUACAUCAGAGAAAUGUUGGUGUCCGCAUUCCUGAUGAUGCUGUAUGUCAAGCAAUUCUUGAGAAGAUGGAUGCACCAUUGAUAUCAACAAGUGUCAAGUCUCCUAAGGAAAAUAAGUGGAUAAUUGAUCCAGUUGCAAUAGCUGAUGUAUACAGACCGGAGGGGCUUGAUUUUGUUGUUGAUGCUGGUGUUAGACUGGCUGAUCCAUCCACUGUAGUUGAUAUGACUGGGAGUUCACCAAGAAUCAUUCGGCAAGGGAAGGGACCUAAACAACCCUGGAUGGUGGGAGAAGAUGACGGGGAGGCUUAUCCAGAUAAGCAAGAGCUCAUUCCAUAUUUUGCUUAAAAAUCAAUCAUAUAUGCCUGUUGGUACGGACCCUCAGUUCAUUGCCACCUCCAAUGGCGGACGGACUACUUGUAGAUCUGGUGCAGCGUGAAGCCGCCCUCAUUCCUUGUGUUGCUUGACAAGUCAAUUAUGCUUCUUUUUUUUUUUUUUUUAAAUCCUUCCUGUAUGUAUGACCUUACUCUUCAUUGAUUGACAUAAUUGAUGUACGAUGGUGUA